GAGAAUAUACAUACUGUUGGUGCAUUAGUAAUAUUACUAAAUAAACCAAGUAGUAGAGCAAUGGGAGAUCUUCAACAGAGAGUUCAUCCGGUUCUUCAAAUGGAAGCCAACAACAAGAAAAUAUCACCAGCUGGGGGAAAGACGGAACAUCUUCCAACACAACGGCCAUUUCCACCUCCUGCUACGGUCGAAAACAAGAAAGCAUCACCAGCUCGCGAAAAGACACAACAGCUGCUUCCAGUACAACGACCACUUCCACCUCCUCCUUUGAUGGUGCGUAAUAAGAAGCGAAAUCUUUGCUGCAGAAUCUUCUGUUGGGGGUUAAGCCUUCUAAUCAUUGGCUUGAUCGCAUUAGCGGUUGCAAUUACGGUUAUAUAUUUUGUUUUCCAUCCUAAAAUCCCACAAUACGAGGUCAACAGUUUACGAGUUAGCAACCUUGGUAUCAACCUAGACCUCUCUCUUUCCGCCUUGUUCAAAGUCGAGAUCACAGCUCGUAAUCCCAACGAAAAAAUUGGGAUUUAUUACGAGAAAGGAGGCCGUCUCCAAGUGUGGUAUACCAAGACAAAGCUCUGUGAAGGUCCUAUACCCAAGUUUUACCAAGGACAUAGAAAUGUAACUAGACUGAAUGUGGAUCUAGCGGGAAGAGCACAGUUCGGGAACACUGUUCUGUCGGCAUUGCAGCAGCAGCAACAGACAGGACGUGUCCCGUUAGAUCUCAAAGUGGAUGCACCUGUUUCCGUCAAACUGGGGAAAUUGAAGUUGAGGAAGGUUCGGAUAUUGGGGAACUGCAAGAUUGUUGUCGAUAGUUUAUCAACAAACAAUAGAAUUAAUAUCAAAGCCAGUGAUUGCAAAUUUAGGCUUAAACUUUAAGGUGUUCCUUUCUUGGGUGUAUGUGUAUCCAUCAUUUUCUAAUGCAUUGAUUAAGUUUUCUGAA